AUGACAACAAGCAACGAACCGAUCUCGUCGAGCAUUUAUCUUGUUGAUUAUUUUAUUUAUUGCCCAUUACUAUGUCAAAAAGAAGGGCAGGAGCAUCAAAAAAUUCUCUAUUAUUAUCCGUCUGAUGUUGAAUUCAACCGACAAACGCGCACAGUUGGUUAUUGUGAAGGCUUAGUGAAAUUUACUGAAACAUUUGCUUUCAAUGAUCCGUGUGAUUGUGUACAUUUUCAAAAGACUCGUCUUUUAUUUUAUCAAGUUGAAAAUGAUAUUUGCAUUGCAAUGACACUUCAUGUACCAAGCAUUGAAAGGAAAAAAGAUGAAAAAUUAAUUAUGGAAUACUAUGAUGAACAUAUUAAUGAUAGACUGAUGCUAUCGGUUUUAAAAAUAUCCUACAGAUAUUUUGUUUUAGAACAUGGAACGAUUGCUUCGUUAAUUCAAGUUAAUGGUGUCGAUCAAUGCAGAAUCAUUCUUAAAAAAUAUUUUGAUAAGUUUAUUGCAUAUCGAUUACACGCAAUGAUACUUGAUACAACAAUUGACUCUUCCUAUUUCGGUGUGCAAUUUUUGCAAGUUGAAAAAAAAGUCUACCUAAAAAUUCAAUCGCUGAUACGUCGAUUGGAAUUACGUUUUGCAGCAUUGAAAGAAACAUUAUUUCUUUAUAGAAAUCAACUUAUAUGGAGUGGUCUUGACCAAGAUGAUACUAGUCUACUCUAUUCAUUUUUUCGAGUUAAUUAUUGGCCACAAUUGAAAUCAUCAUUGAACACAUCUACUAUACGGUAUUUAACAGUUGAAUCAAGUGCAAGUCCAACUGAUGCAUUACUUGUAUCAACAAACUUGACUAGUCAAGAACUUUUUCUCGGUGAUUUAUCAUUACCAUAUCAAAUAGUUGCUAUAAAUUUCAAUUGGUUUACUAUUUUCUGUGUUUUUCAUAAUGAUGAAGAACUGUCUAAUAUGGAGCAAACACUAGAAAAAAUUGAAUUACUAAAGAAAGAUCUCGAUGAAAUCUUACCUUAUUUUGAAGAAUGUUCACGAAAAAAAUAUCCAGCAACAGAUCCUAGUGUAAAGAAUAUUUAUUUCAAUAAAAUGAAUAUGGCACAUUCAUCAACAAUGGAUUGGAAUCGAGAACCAACAAAUAAUAUUCUCAUCAGUAUUAUGAAUACACUUGCUGAAGAUUUGCAAUGGUUUCAUCCGUCCGGUGAUAUAAUGGUCAAACGUGAGAAUGAUCCUUGGAUAAUAGCUAAACGAUCGGAUAUGCGUGAAUUAUUAAUAAUGAUUAAUCAAAAAAAUGCUAAUCUGAAAGAAAUCAGUGAUAAAAUUAAACAAAUAUUUCCUACGCAAUUUAGUAAUAUUUUACUAUUAGAAUGA